CUCGGCGCUUCCUGUUCCGGCGCCAGGAGGAGCCGCGCGCUGCUGGUGCUGUUGCCGCCGCUGCUCUAGCUGCCGUCAGUCAGGCUGCGCCCGCGUCUUCAGGGCCCAGUCCCUCGGACCCAUCGCCGCUUCUAGACCCUACUGCGGUCUCGGAUAUUGCCGGGAAAAUGUCUGAUGAAUUUUCGUUGGCAGAUGCACUACCUGAACACUCCCCUGCCAAAACCUCUGCUGUGAGCAAUACAAAACCUGGCCAACCUCCUCAAGGCUGGCCAGGCUCCAACCCUUGGAAUAAUCCGAGUGCUCCAUCUUCAGUGCCAUCUGGACUCCCACCAAGUGCAACACCCUCCACUGUGCCUUUUGGACCAGCACCAACAGGAAUGUAUCCCUCCGUGCCUCCCACCGGACCACCUCCAGGACCCCCAGCACCCUUUCCUCCUUCCGGACCAUCAUGUCCCCCACCUGGUGGUCCUUAUCCAGCCCCAACUGUGCCAGGCCCUGGCCCCACAGGGCCAUAUCCUACACCAAAUAUGCCCUUUCCAGAGCUACCCAGACCAUAUGGUGCACCCACAGAUCCAGCUGCAGCUGGUCCUUUAGGUCCAUGGGGAUCCAUGUCUUCUGGACCUUGGGCGCCAGGAAUGGGAGGGCAGUAUCCUACCCCUAAUAUGCCAUAUCCAUCUCCAGGCCCAUAUCCCGCUCCUCCUCCUCCCCAAGCCCCUGGGGCAGCACCACCUGUUCCAUGGGGCACCGUUCCACCAGGAGCCUGGGGACCACCAGCACCAUAUCCUGCCCCUACAGGAUCGUAUCCCACACCAGGACUCUAUCCUACUCCCAGUAAUCCUUUCCAAGUGCCUUCAGGACCUUCUGGUGCUCCACCAAUGCCUGGUGGCCCCCAUUCUUACCAUUAAGUUAACAAUGGACGAAGAGAUGACGCUUUGCUUUUUGAAGUACAUGUAUAUGCACAUGAAUGCAUAUAUAAAAAUUGCUGGUUUCACUAUUAGAGGGCAUUCAUGAAAGAACAACUCUUGCACCUCUCAGAGAAGAUAACUGCCUCUUGUACUUGGAUGCGUAGUACAUCAUAUGUAUACAAUCAGAUAAAAGUAUAGAAGUAAAUCAUUCAGAUGUGAUUUUUAUUUGGUUUUCAUGGAAAGUUAAAGUGAUAAAGUAUAUUGAAUAGUUCUUUGACAGAAUUUGUUUAAACUAUGAAACUACACACUUAAAAAUCUAAGAUGUGGAUUAUUGUUAGAAUCUGCAACUUCAUUGGCAAAUUAUUUCAAGUAUUUUUCUAUAAUCACUUUCCCCUUCUAAAUAAAUAAACUUCGAGAAUAACCCAUCAUAAUCCAAACAAAUGAUGCCUCAACAUUUUGAGCUGCUCUGUCGGACAAAUAAACCUGGUCCUCUUGAGGUUAUAUUUUGGAUAUACAUUUUUAAACUGUCAGUAAUUAUUGUCAGAUGUGGAGUUCAAUAGCCAGCCAGUGUUCAUUUUUAUCCUUGAGCUUUUAGUAAAAACUUCCUGGUUUUAUUUUUAGUCAUUGGGUCAUACAGCACUAAAGUCUGCUAUUUAUGGAAACUAACUUUUUUGUUUUUAAUCCAGGCCAACAUGUAUGUAAAUUAAAUUUUUAGAUAAUUGAUUAUCUCUUUGUACUACUUGAGAGUUGAUUAUGAGAUGUGCAUAUUGCUUUGGGAAGAGCUCGAGGAAGGAAAUAAUUCUCUCCUUUGUUUUGAACCUCAAACUAGAUAAACCCUAGGAAUUGCUUAAUUGCAACAAGUAAUUUUCAUUCCCACAAAAACCUGAGGCAGCUCUUUUGCCCAGAGCGUUCCCUGUAGCCACCCCCACCCCACUUGCCCUUGGUUCUUUAGAAGGAGCACACACAUCCCUUGAUUCCUCCCUGAUGUGGUAAACUGGCACACUCCAGGGGUCUAAAACAUAAAACAGUUGUGUUUAGGGAACCUUAAGUCAUGCAGACAUGACUGUUCUCUUUGUACAAGUGUGAAUCAAAAUAUGUAUCUCUUUUUCAGAGUCUGGUUAAGCUAUGUCAUUGUCUACUGCAUAGUUUCCUGAGUCUGUUUGUAAAGUGCUUAUGGCUAACAGUUCAGUUCUGUAUUUGUUGACAGGUAAAUAAGUGGAGUUGAGUGCCAUCUUUGAAAAAAUUACCCUCUAGCUCUAACACUGAAAAUAAUAAUAAAUUGUAGAUCUCUGCAACUAAGUUUAAAGCAGUGUGACUGUGUUGCUUAAAUAUCAAGUAUUGUUUAUAACCACCAAAAAAAAAAAAGCCCUGGUAGUUUUUUGGCACCUUAUGUUUAAAUCAGAUUCUUAGAUUUGGAGUAGACCUGACCUUGUUAUUUAUUAGAUAACAUUUUGAAUGUAUCCAUUGGAUUUCUAAAAUGUAUUGUGAAUUUCUCAGACAAACAGGAUUUAUGCUGGAGCUCUGUUUUGCUUAGAAAUAAAAUAUUUAGUAGUUUAUUUCUGCUCUAAUUAAAAUGUCAAGAAUGCCAAA